AUGUCGUCAGACUCUGAGAUGGCCAUCUUUGGGGAGGCAGCCCCUUACCUCCGAAAGUCAGAGAAGGAGAGAAUCGAGGCCCAGAACAAGCCUUUCGAUGCCAAGACAUCCGUCUUUGUGGUGCAUCCUAAGGAAUCCUUUGUGAAAGGAACAAUCCAGAGCAAAGAAUCAGGGAAGGUCACCGUCAAGACUGAAGGUGGAGAAACCCUGACCGUGAAGGAUGAUCAGGUCUUUCCCAUGAACCCUCCCAAGUACGAUAAAAUCGAGGACAUGGCCAUGAUGACCCACCUCCACGAACCCGCUGUGCUGUACAACCUCAAAGAGCGUUACGCAGCCUGGAUGAUCUAUGUAAGUACCAGCAGCAGUCUUCCUUUGGGUAGCUGGAGGAACUGCUCUGCCAGGCUACGUGGAAGCCAACGUGCUGCCUCCCUUCCUCGCAGACCUACUCGGGUCUCUUCUGCGUCACUGUCAACCCCUACAAGUGGCUGCCGGUGUACAACCCGGAGGUGGUGUUGGCCUACCGAGGCAAGAAGCGCCAGGAGGCCCCUCCACACAUCUUCUCCAUCUCUGACAAUGCCUAUCAGUUCAUGCUGA